AUGGUACCCCUCCCACCAACAUAUACCGACUCUCAGGUCGAGGCCUACCUGAAACGUAUUCGAUAUGUCCCUUCUGCCAAGAAUAGCGAGAGUCUUAUACAAGAUGUCCGCCAACGAAUCGAGGCAGAUGCCCUGGGCACAUUGGGAAAUCUCCAGAGGCGCCAUCUCGCUUCUAUCCCCUGGGGGAAUUCCGGCCUUCAUUAUUCUCAGCACCACACCAUUACUUUGAACCCUGAUCAGCUGUUCGAGAAGAUUGUGGAACGUCGCUUGGAUGGGUAUUGUAUGGAGAUGAACGGAAUAUUUUCCAUCAUUCUCCGGUCCCUGGGGUACUUCGUGUAUGCCACGGGAGGGAGGGUGAGCUUUGCCACCGCCACCGGGGUGGAUAACGGGCAAUAUUUACCUUUAGGGCACAUGGUCCUGAUGGUGAUUCUCAAUGGAGAGAAAUAUAUGGUCGAUGUUGGAUUCGGCAACCAGAACGCUACCGCGCCGUUGCCUCUCCGGGACGGUGCAACUGCUGCAUGCAUCGCCCCGUCUGAGAUGCGCCUGGUGAAGGAGAGUAUUCCCGAGUUCGUUGAUCAGUCGCAGAAGAUCUGGAUUUACCAGACCAGAUACAACCCGGAGAGCAAGUGGCUGCCUCACAUCUGCUUCUCCGAGACCGAGUUUCUACCGCAGGACUUUGAUGUGAUGAACUUUACAGUCAGCCAGAAGCGCACUAGCUGGUUUACUCAAAUCUUUGUCUGCACGCGGAUGACCUUAGACCCGAGCGGGCAAGAGAUUAUCGGGCAAGACAUCAUAUCUGGAAAAGAAGUCAAACGACGAGUCCACGGCAUAACAGAAAUUUUGAAAGUGCUGCACAAUGAAGAAGACCGGGUGACGGCACUGGCAAAGUACUUCGACAUGCAUUUCCGUGAGAGUGAAAUCCAGGGUAUUCAGGGCUUAUCCUCCGAGCUCAAGUAG